AAUAUUGACCUGUAAUGUCUCUGACACGAUAGUUCAGUCACAAAAUCUGCAUGUAUACGUCGUUGCUUGUAUAUCUAUCUCCAUUAAUGCUCUUCUUUAUUUAGAGAAAAUAUACAGGAGAGAAAAGCUAGUAUCCUUGGGCCCUCUCUGUUUUCUUUUUCAACUCCCUCUCUAUAAAAUACAUAAACAAAAUCCUUCUCUGAGUUGUUUUUCAUGUGUCAUACACGAGACCAAACAAGAUUUUGAGUUGAAGCAGCAAAACCCAUCCAAAAAGUUCUGGUUUUGGUGAUCAUGAUGGCUGUACAAGCCCAGUCUCCAUUGUUGGGUGCACAGGAUUUGAUAGAGAAUGGUUGGGUUAAUCAGUCAUUCUUUGAUCUUCAACAGCAACAGCAACAGCAGAUUCAGAACCAGCAACAUAUGUAUCAGAAUCAGGCUCAGAAUCUGCUUUUCUCUAAUUCCUUGAAGAACAACAUGGUCGACACCAACAACAGUCUUCCUUCAAUGACUUUCUAUCAAAGCAUAGCCGCUCAGGAGGAGAAACAAAGACAAGAAAUGGAUCAAUACAUCAGAUUACAGAAUGAAAGACUUAGAUUGAUGUUGAGGGAGCAAAGGAAGCAACAAUUGGGUAUCGUGUUGAAGAAAAUAGAAUUAACUGCACUUCCUUUGUUGAGACAAAAAGACGAAGAGUUGGCACAAGCGACCAAAAGAGCAAUGGAGCUUGAAGAUCUCUUGAAGAGAUUGGAGAUGGAGAACCAAGCGUGGCAGAGAAUAGCACAAGAGAACGAGGCUAUGGUUGCUUCUCUAAACAACACGCUUGUGCAAUUAACAGACAACAAUGGUGGUAAAGCAGAGGACGCUGAGUCUUGCUGUGAUGUGGAUGGAGAGAAGAAAACAGAGAUGAACAGAGAAAACCAGACAAUGAUGGUGUGCAGAGGUUGCAAGUCUAGGAAUUCGUGCGUUUUGUUCCUUCCUUGCAGACACUUUUGUUCAUGCGAAGCCUGUGAACCCUUUCUUGAUUCGUGUCCAAUUUGCAAUACUGUAAAGAACGCCAGCAUUGAGGUUUUGCUUUAGUCAGAUUUUCCGGGAAAAAGUGAAUGCCAGAGAAAACAGUGGAGAAAAAGAUUUUGGGGACGGGUCGGGUUUAGAUUGUGAUAUGGACCCAUUUGGAUAGAUGGACUCUUUUUAGGUACUCUGUAAUUUUGAACAGAAAUACAGGUGAAGAACAUAUUUACCUUGAAUAGGUUUCA